GUCGCUCUCAUCGAUAAAAGAGAGUUCAGAAGAAGGCCAGAGUUUGUUCGUUUUGAUUGCAUUAUGUCGCGUUUGUUAUGUCUAGAAUGAAAAACGUUAUGCAUAUAUUUGAAGUUUAAUAAAAAAUGAAGGAGAAGAAACUUACCAGAAAGUGCAGAAAGUACUUCAGAGUGUAGAGAGAGUAGACAUAACCUUCUUGCAAAGUGGAGAGUUCGAUCUUUUCUGUAGUGCGGCGUAAUAACAAAUACAUGUUCUUUUUACGAUAGUUUGCUGAUAAUUUGUUAACAAGGAAGUAUCACGAGUAGAGGAAAAUACAUAUGUAAUCAGUGGUGAUAUAUAGUGCGUUGCGCGUUGACAACUCGAGACGUCAAUGAAAAGCCAAAACAAUGGAUAAAAUUUUUAAGUCUAUUCGUACGAAUCGACCGGCAUUGCUUAGAACUUUAACGAACGACCAAUGCAUACAGGCAUCAAAUAAAUUGUGUUUGGAGCGAUGUGCACCCGCAAUUAAUAGAAUAUUAUCAACGCAAGAAUAUUCGACGGCUUUUCCAGUUAGCGGCAGGUAUUUGUACAGCGCAAGCGCAGAAAAUGCAGUUUGCACAUUAUUUUCUAGACACAGGCCUCCAAUAUCCAGUCAACAAAAACGCAAUAUGUUUAUUCAAACGCAGGAUACACCAAAUCCAAAUAGCCUAAAAUUUAUCCCAGGGGUAUCUGUAUUGGGGGAAGGAUGCACGAAAGAUUUUCCAAGUGCUAAAGACGCGUAUUGUUCACCGCUUGCAAAAAUGUUAUUUCGUAUUGAGGGAGUAAAAGCUAUCUUUUUUGGGCCUGACUUUAUCACAGUCACUAAGCUCGAUGAGGAUAUAGAAUGGAAAUUAUUAAAACCAGAAGUAUUUGCCACUGUCAUGGACUUUUUUGCGAGUGGGUUACCAAUCAUGGAUGAGUCUCAACCUGCAGCAGAUACACAAAUUAGCACAGAUGAUGAUGAGGUUGUCCAGAUGAUAAAAGAAUUGCUGGACACACGAAUACGUCCCACGGUGCAAGAAGAUGGCGGUGACAUUGUAUUCAUGGGCUUUGAGGAAGGUAUAGUAAAACUGAAGAUGCAGGGUUCCUGCACGAAUUGCCCGAGUUCAGUAGUGACGCUAAGGAAUGGUGUGCAAAACAUGAUGCAAUUCUACAUACCCGAAGUACUCGGAGUUAUACAGGUGGAGGACGAAACGGACAAGAUCACGGAGAAAGAAUUCCAGAAAUUGGAAGAAAAAAUCAACAAAGUAGAAAAGGCUAAAGAAAAAUAGAUUUUGACAGUAAUUAUCAACGAGUGCGAUUUCGUGCAUCAUCUUGUAUAAUCUCGUGGUAGUAAAAUGUCGUGCAUCUCGACGUUACCGCUUAAAGUAUGUAAAUAAAGAAAGCAACACAAGUUAGAUCUCUCAA